UUUUACGCAGAGAAGAUGAGCGCUCGGAUACCCAAAUCCAACCCGGCCAUGAAAUUGAUAUUGCUCUUCACAGCCUCUUUUUCCUGGGCCUUCCAGCAGCAGGCAAUACCGCCAAAGUACCAGUACCGCGACCCUGUGACCUCUGACCUCCUGCUAUGCAACCAGUGCCCUCCUGGCACAGCUGUGAAACGACACUGCACAGCUGACAUGCCCACAGAGUGCCAGGCCUGUCCUGAGAAGCAUUUUGCUGAAAACUGGCACUGGGGGGACACAUGUCAAUACUGCACCUCGGUGUGCAAGGAGAGACAACUAGUGGAGCAGCAGUGUAACAGCACCCACGACCAGCUGUGUGAGUGCGCUCCAGGGUUCCAUCUAGUGGUGGAGUUCUGCAUCACACACAGCACCUGUCCACCUGGCCAUGGAGUGACAGCUUUAGGCACACCACAGAGUGACACUGUGUGUGAACGUUGUCCCCCUGGUCAUUUCUCUAUCGGCGGCUCCUCCACAGAGCCGUGUCAGCCCCACAGGAACUGCUCUGAUUCAGGCUUGAAGACUCUGAGAUGGGGCACGUCCACUUCAGACAGCCUCUGUGUGCAGGACUGCUCCCAGCAUCACAGUAUGUGCCACACAGAUGUGACACUGUGUGAGGAGGCAGUCUUCCAGUCCCUCUCCUCACUGCAGCUGUCUUCUGUCCCCCUGGAGCGGCUGUUGGAGAGCCUCCCCGGGCGGAGAGUGGAUCACAAGAGUCUCGAGAGACUGAAAAAGGCCUGUUCACCUCAGCAGCAGGUCCUCCAGCUGCUGCGGCUGUGGAGGGAGCAGAACAAGGACCAAGACAAGCUGUAUGGUAUCAUACAAGGUGUUAACCACUGUGAGAGGAAAGUGUCCCGCUGCAAUGUUAAAAACCUGACACUAGAUGACCUCCUGAUGGUUACCGAUAGCAUGCCAGGGGUCAAGAUUCGCCAAGAGGACAUCCGAACCGUAGUCUCCACGUGCCUCCCCAGACAGUACAUCCUGCAGCUUCUUCACCUCUGGAAAACAGUGAACUAUGACCUGGAUCUAGCUAAAGGUCUGUCUCAUAGUUUGAGGGAAAUGCGCAGGCAGGGGGCGCCACGCCAUCUGCUGAGAGGCCUGAAGAAGAUCAGCCGCAUUAUAGGAACCACAUCCGCUCACAAGAUGUACGAGAAGAUGUUUGUUAACAUGCUUCAGGACGAGUCGUGUUUUAAAGCGUAUAAACCUUUGAAUGAAUAGAGAUCUGGAAGAUACAAAGUGGAAUACACGGGACCCAAACUGUACAAUGACACUAAAGCAUCAUCAAAUAGUGAAAACACAAACAUUAAGAGACACACUCUUAGUUAGCAGGGGGUAAAUGUAUGUGAAAGAGUUACACGAAAUGGGUCAAAUGAUAAUAUCAGGUUUUAAGAUUUCAUCAUACGGUAUCAAGCUACACAAUAAGUGCCUAGAUGUAUUUUUUCUAUCUGUAAAUAAAGGCAAAACCCCUAUUUUAAAAUGAGAGUGUUAAUGUUUAUGAGAGGUAACAAGGGAUGCUAAAAUAAUCUCACCCACAGCCUAUAAUAUCUGUCUACAGAGAUGAAACAAUAAGCAUUAACAGGAUUCAAACAGAAUACACAUCAACAAACAAACAAAAACAUUCAAGUGUCCUUGGGACUUUUUGACUAGAUUCUGUGAAGAUGAAUAAAAUCUAUUUAAGAUGUAAAUAUCACAUUAUUUUAUUAAAGAAAGACUGGCAGAUGUUGUGUUUUUAUUAUUAUUGCUUUCUCGCUAACUGAGAGGAAGGAUUUGGUUUCAUAAUGAAAUAUUUUCUACAGUUUUCCUUUGUUUGUUUGUUGGUUUGUUCUGGACUGCUGGCAAGUAAAGCUCAUCUGAUUAUUUGAAACUGUCAGCUCUAUGAAUGUACAAAGGAGUGCAAUGUGUUUUCUAUUUAAAAUAUUUUUUUUCUUUCUGAGUAUGUAAAAGCUUGUUUUUAUUACUUUAUCAGAAAUACUGGAUUCCAAAUGCUGCAAGUUCAUGAAGUGAUGUUUGUUUUACAUUUUGUUUGAUCACUUUUAU